CCAAUAAGACCACUCUCCUAUUAACCAUUCAUAGCGCCUGACUAUUAUCGACUCCUAAGUCAUCCGUGAACACUGCCAGCCUCUUCCUACUCAAAGUGAUCCCUGGGCAGCAGCAAAACCACACCAGUCUUCACUUCGUACUCGAGGUAGUCGAGCCUUUUUUUUUUCUUCCUUCGGGGGGUGUUAGUCACCCCCGACUGCUCUAAACAAAAAGACAAGAAAUAAGGAGACAUGGGGAAUGCUUGCCUCUCCUGCUUAACAGGUCGAUCGAGGGAUGGAUUGUACGAGCCCAUCUUGGCGGAUAACGAGCGCGAGGCCGUCGCGGACUUGCUUCAGUAUCUAGAGAAUCGAACUGAAACGGAUUUCUUCGAUGGCGAGCCGCUUCAGGCGCUCAGCACACUCGUUUACUCGGAUAAUGUCGAUCUACAGCGGAGCGCGAGCUUGACUUUUGCGGAAAUAACAGAACGAGAUGUGCGCGAAGUCGAUCGCAACACCCUGGAGCCUAUCCUUUUCCUUCUCCAAAGCCCGGAUAUUGAGGUGCAAAGGGCAGCUAGUGCGGCUCUGGGAAAUCUCGCAGUGAAUACCGAAAACAAAGUUUCCAUAGUAGAACUGGGUGGCCUUGCACCACUUAUUCGCCAGAUGAUGUCACAGAACGUCGAAGUCCAGUGCAAUGCGGUUGGAUGCAUCACCAAUUUAGCGACCCAUGAGGAAAACAAGUCAAAGAUAGCAAGAUCAGGAGCUCUGGGACCGUUGACGAGGCUUGCCAAAUCUAAAGAUAUGCGAGUUCAACGAAACGCUACUGGUGCUCUGUUAAACAUGACUCACUCAGACGAAAACAGACAGCAGCUUGUGAUUGCUGGUGCCAUUCCUGUUCUGGUUCAACUACUGUCUUCUCCAGAUGUCGAUGUCCAAUACUACUGCACCACCGCUUUGAGCAACAUCGCAGUGGAUUCGGCAAACCGCAAAAGACUCGCCCAGUCUGAACCUCGACUUGUCCAAUCUCUUGUCCAGCUGAUGGAUUCGUCAACACCAAAGGUACAAUGCCAGGCCGCUCUUGCCCUCCGAAACCUAGCCUCCGACGAGAAAUAUCAGUUGGAAAUUGUCCGUGCCAGAGGCCUUCCACCGCUUCUCCGCUUAUUGCAAUCUUCCUACCUGCCGUUGAUCCUUUCUGCCGUCGCCUGCAUUCGAAACAUCUCUAUCCACCCCCACAACGAAUCUCCAAUUAUUGAAGCUGGAUUCUUGAAGCCGCUCGUGGAGCUUCUGGGCUCGAUCGAUAAUGAGGAGAUCCAGUGCCACGCUAUAUCUACCCUUCGAAACCUUGCUGCCAGCUCUGAUCGGAACAAGGAGCUUGUCCUACAAGCUGGAGCGGUCCAGAAGUGCAAAGAACUCGUGAUGCAAGUCCCCUUGAGUGUACAGUCAGAAAUGACAGCUGCGAUCGCCGUUUUGGCUCUCAGCGACGAGUUGAAGCCGCAUCUAUUGAAGCUUGGCGUUUUUGAUGUUUUGAUACCGCUCACAGCCUCGGACAGCAUUGAAGUGCAGGGUAAUAGUGCGGCUGCGUUGGGAAAUCUUUCAUCGAAAAUUGGAGACUACUCCAUAUUUGUACGCGACUGGGCGGAACCCAGCGGUGGUAUUCAUGGAUAUUUGGACCAUUUCCUGGACAGUGGCGACCCGACCUUCCAGCAUAUUGCUGUUUGGACGCUGCUGCAAUUAUUGGAAUCCGGCGAUGAUCGUUUAAUUAAUCUCAUUCAAAAGUCGGAUAAAAUUACUAGUCUAGUUAAGGAUAUCUCCGAGAGAAUCGUUGAACCAGAGGAGUCUGAUGCCGAAGAUGGUGAAGGUGAGCUUGUGGCACUGGCACAGCGGUCCCUUGAGCUGCUUGGCCAGCCAAAGCAGAAUCUCAUCGACGGAUGAAUUUUCCGGCUGGGGUUUGCAAAGUAAAUGUUAACUUUUUUUUUACCCCCUUUCUUUACUCCAGUACUUUGAUAUGGUUUUCUUCCUUUUUGUUUUCCGUUUCUUUCUCUUUUAAUAUGUUUACUUUUUUCUCUUUACUUUUCUUUUCUUUUCUUUUUUGUUUCACAGCAUGCAUACUCAUACUCGGCUGCGUUGCUCUGAUACCAGUUGUUUACCUUGGUUCUGCUUGUUUAUUAUUCUAUAUCCACGCAAGGAGUUUAGGGUCUAGUGCUUCUUUUUUCCUUUUUCUUUUUCCUUUUCUUUCCUUUUCUUUUUUUUGUUUGUAUCCAUGACUAGUAUGUAUUCUCUUUAUUGGCCACGAUAUCUCAGGGUUGUCCACAGCCUGUUCUGUGCGCUGGGUUAUUCUGGUCGUAUGCACAUUCAAUCCAGUUCGUUAUAGGCUCCCUCUUUUUUGUGUUGUGAUGGGCGCAAAGUCAUUUUUUGUGCAGUUUAUAAAUAUUGAUGGCAUAAUACGCAUUAGAGG